UGUAAAAGAGAGAAGGGAGAAAUGAAAAAGGGAAGUUCAGGAGAAGCUGAAAGGGAAGAACACCCCACGCACAAGGAAAAGGAUUGGUCUAGAAUGGAGCAUGGAGAAUUUCUCCACCACAGCGGGGGGAACAUUUAGAUGCAGGCAGACUCAUCCAGCGUCUACGUGCGGAAGUAUUCGUUCGGUUGCUUCUACUCUUCUCAGUGAGAUAUGAGGCAAGAAGAAAUUAGGAGAGUGAACUGAUCAUGCCAUCAGUCAGAGUGGUUUUCAUGGUUUUUUCUGAAGACAUUUUCAGAUGUUCCGAGCAGGCAUGAAGCAAGUACAAAGGCAUGAGAUUCAGCAGAUGAGAUAUCACAGCACCCAAACCUGGGAGCUAUUCACUCAUUCAGCAAAUAAUUCUUGUUCAUCUGCUCUUGGACAAGCACUCAUCCAGGCCUGGCGCGUGGCGGCAUACAAGGAUGAACAGACAGAAGUGGCCACUGAACACACGGGCGCCAUACACUCACACAGAGGAGAUUUUUAGGACUCCUAAUCUUCAGCAGGCAUAACCCGAAGAUCCUCCUAGUCAGGACCAGCCCAAGAACGGUCAUAGGCCUGGAAGGGAGCAACCAGUGUGGCCAUAACUGCACAAAGGGGAGAGUGCGCUCUUGGGAUCUCCCAUACACACUUUUGGACAGUGUUAUAAACAGAACUUGAGAAACUGAAUUCUGAUGAUGUUAAAACACAGGAGCAUUGUCGCUUGUCCCAUGUGUCACCAGCACACUCGAGUUUAGCUUGAGGCACAGGGGAGCCGCCCCACUGGCCCUAUCUAAAGUUAUGUGCAUGACUUUCCAGUCUGCGAGAUGUGCACAGCACUAUAAUGCCUCGCUGUGGGGUAAAGAACAUCCGUGGGGUACAGGGCAAGAGUUUCAGAAGAGGGGAAGUGGGCAAUGGAGGGUGCCCACCAAAGACCUCCAAGCCCCCUGGUCUGGAACAUUUGGAGUCAGCCGAGCAAUGAGCAACGGACGAUAUUGGGCGGGUGGGGGGUGGGGAGUUCCGUGUGGCACAGUUGAGGAAGGAAGGCGUGGAGGUUUUGUUCCCUUGAUCAAAGUACGGUCUUGCCUUUUAGAGUCUGCAGCCCCUCUUCAUGAUCACAUCACUUCAUAAUUGUCAAAAGGACCUUAACCAAGGAGCGCUGAAGCUGAUGCUGUGGAAGAAAGUCACAGAGAAAGGACACUAUCUGAAGCGUAACAGAUCGGAAAGACUAGAAGGGACACAGCCAGAGGCUGUACCUCUGAGAGGUAGGCACUAGCCACCCUUUAUGCAUCCAGCACAGAUCUGAAGUCAAUACCUGUGUGCAUGUCAGGGAGAGCUGCUGUGGAUGGACACAGGCCCUGCGUCAUCAACCGAUUCACUAGGGCCACAUCAAUGGCAGACUCUGCGAGAGACACUGCCUCUAUACUCCCUUCUCCACGGAAAAACCAAGAGCUUAGGAACGAGGCUAGCAGAGGGCUUCAGACUUGGGCUCCCCAGAUGAAGGGCUGGCUGCCACCCUUGCCAGGACCUUCAUGUGCCAGGUUGGCGAUCAUGUUGGUCUUGGUACUGAUUUUCCUGCCAAGCAUGUACUGUGACCUGGGAUCAGUAUACCACUCUUCCUAUGAAAUAGUCAUCCCCCAGAGUCUGGCAGUGGAGGGAAGGGAAGACCCAGAGGAAGAGGUGUCCUAUACACUACCUAUGCAGGGCCAGAAGCAGCUGCUUCACCUGAAGGUGAAGAGAGACUAUUUUGUGCAUAACUUUCCAGUCUUCAGCUACCGCAAUGGCAUCCUGGGGCAAGCGGUGCCUUUCAUCUCCCGGGACUGUCACUAUGAGGGCUACGUAGAAGGAGUCCCAGGCUCCUUUGUCUCUGUCAACAUCUGUUCAGGCCUCAGGGGCUUCCUGGUUAAGGAAGAACAAUCCUAUGGCAUUGAGCCCAUGCACUCUUCAAAACGGUUUGAACAUGUGUUGUACACCAUGGCUCAUGAAGCUCGAGUCUCCUGCAGCGUCACUUCCAACGACAGCCAAGUGGCACCCGCCAGCCAGCAACAAGACAGCAGCAAGCCUCGCAGUCUGCAGGCGCCAUCCUACUUGUGGUCACACACCAAGUACGUGGAGAUGUUUGUGGUGGUCAACCACCAGCGGUUCCAAAUGUGGGGCAGUGACGCCAACGAGACCGUCCAGAGAGUGAUGGACAUCAUUGCUCUGGCCAACAGCUUCACUAGGGGAAUAAACACAGAGGUGGUGCUGGCUGGAAUGGAGAUCUGGACUGAGGGGGACCUCGCAGAGGUCCCAGUGGACCUGCGAGUUGCACUCAGGAAUUUCAACAGCUGGAGACAGGAGAAGCUCGUCCAUCGUGUGAAGCACGAUGUUGCCCACAUGAUUGUUGGACACCGUCCUAAAGAGGAUAUGGGACAGGCAUUUCUCAACGGUGCCUGCUCGAGUGAUUUUGCAGCAGCUGUUGAAUCCUUCCACCAUGAAGAUGUCCUCCUGUUUGCAGCACUCAUGGUCCAUCAGCUUGGGCACAACUUGGGUAUGCAGCACGACCAUUCGGCCUGCGUUUGUAAAGACGCACACUUUUGCCUCAUGCUUGAAAAUAUCACCAAAGAAAGUGGCUUCAGCAACUGCAGCUUCGACUUCUUCCACCAGUUCCUCUGGGAACACAAAGGAGCCUGCCUAUUUAACAAGCCUGGGCACAAACGCCGCUUACGCAGGAACGGCCGGUGUGGCAAUGGUGUUGUGGAAGACGAUGAGCAGUGCGACUGUGGUUCUGACUGUGACAUUCACCCGUGUUGCGACCAAACGUGUAGGCUGAAGCAGAAUGCAGAGUGCAGUGACGGACUCUGCUGUGAUAAAUGCCGACUGAGAUAUAAGGGAUUCCCGUGCCGUCCUGCUUUGGGAGAAUGUGACCUCCCAGAGUAUUGUGAUGGUUCUUCUGGAGAAUGCCCCCCAGACAGCUAUAAGCAAGAUGGUACAAUGUGUGAGAGAAUUCACUACUGCGCUCGAGGUCGGUGUAAGAACCCUGAUAACCAAUGCAUGGAUAUAUUUGGGUUCCCUGCGAGGUCUGCCCCAGAAAACUGUUACAUUUCAAUGAACAGAAGAGGGGACCGGUUUGGGAACUGUGGUAUUACCACCUUACCUAGGUUAAGUUAUGUGAAGUGUGUAGAUGAUCAUAUAUUUUGUGGGAAACUUGUUUGUACAAAUGUUAAACAGUUACCACAAAUCAAACCAAAUCAAACACUGAUCCAGGUUCCUCACAAUGAUGACUUCUGUUGGAGCAUGGAUGUCAAUAACAUUCCUGAUGUCCCUGAUGAUGGAGCUGUGCAAGCUGGCACCCUCUGUGUUCCACACAAAGCCUGUGUAAAUUAUUCUUGUAGUGAUUAUGCUGUGUUUAUCUAUGAUUGCAAAGAAGCAGAAAUGUGUAAUGGGAAAGGAGUUUGCAACAAUUUUAGGCACUGUCAUUGUGAAGCUGGCUAUGCACCCCCUGACUGCAGAUAUCCAGGAAAUGGUGGUAGUGUAGACAGUGGCUCCCCGAGUAAACCAAGUAAUGGUAAUAUUAAUGAUAAUAAUCCAAGUGAGGAGGAUAGCAGAAGUCAUAUUGUUGCCGGUAGUAAUUCUGGCAGAUAUAGUGAGAAUAAAGUUGAAAACCAAAGCCUUGACAAGAUACUGUACAUAUUUCCUUUGUUUCUUUUGGCAAUGUUUUUAGCUCUAAUUAUUAGUGUCAGUGUUGGAGCUAGAAAGGAGAUGUCACAGUGCUCACAAGAGGCCCUAGAAGAAACUGAAGAAGAAGCCAUCCAAGGAGAGGAAGCAAGCAGAAAAGAGGAAGAAAAAGAAGCAGAAAAUGAGUAGUGCUAGGAAGAAGUCUUAAUAUAGAAAACCCCAGAUACGAUGGGUAGGAAGAAGGGUCAGUGGAGCAAAGAGAAGCAGACACUGGCUGCUGCAGUGGUUCUCACUGGGACUCUGGUCUGUACCAAUGUUCAAACAUGGGAGUAGAAAUUUCUUCUUUAUUUUAGUCAUUGAUUAUAUAUACAUAUGUAAAAUUAUUUGAGAGAUUUCUGCUUUUCUGAUUUUCCCAUUUCAUGAAACUCAUUUAAAUUAAACUUUUCUCAUGCAUCAUCCCUAACAAUGUCUCUGCUUUAGUAGGGCUACUUUUUGAGUUACCUGUUUCCAAGAAAUGCUAUAAUCCAUCUACUUUGACAUCCUGUCUGUCUGUCUGUCUAUCUACAUCAAUACCUGUAUAUAUUGCUGACUCUGUUCAUUUCAUCCCAUUCACACUAAUAUAUUGUAAGGAAAGGUGAUUACAUGAUUUUGUUAGGAAAGUUGUUUAUAUGACUUCGUCUUUCUUUCAUUCUUUCAUUUUUUUCUUUCUCGUCAUUUAGGGGCACACCUGCCGCAUAUGGAA